AUGCGAAACUCUCCGUAUCACGCGAUAGCAAAGUGGCUAGCAGAGAAACUCAAGCCUGUACAGCGUCAGCUAGCACCACGCAGCUACCGAGAUACCUUUGAAUUCAUUGACGACAUCAAAGACCUUAACGUCAACGGCAUGGUGAUGUUCUCGCUAGACGUCUCAUCACUUUUUACUAACGUUCCGGUCACCGAGACAGUUGGCUACCUCUGUGAUUUUCUAUCUACCAGCCAGCAGGAAAUAGGGAUUCCGGUGAAUACACUCAAGGAACUAUUACUAAGAUGCACAUUAAAUGUGCAGUUCCUGUUCGACAACCAACUCUAUAGACAAGUAGACGGCGUUGCUAUGGGCUCACCCCUUGGACCUCUCCUAGCCGAUGUUUUCAUGGGAAAAUUGGAGAGAUUCCAACUAAGCGAACAGAUCGAUAAGCUUAAACAUUACGGUCGCUAUGUUGACGAUAUCUUUGCCAUUGCCACUGCAGAAACCGAUGUGGCAACCCUCUUAGAUGCGGCAAAUCAGGCACAUCCGUCGAUCAAAUUCACGCUGGAGAUGGAAACGGCCGGUUCGCUCCCUUUCUUAGAUGUUCUUCUAAGCAGGAGACCUGACGGGAGUGUCCGAAGCAGCGUCUAUCGGAAGAAAACCUGGUCUGGACAAUACACGAACUUCGCCAGUUUCGUGCCCCUCCAACAAAAACGAAAUCUAGUCCGAUGUUUGGCACAAAGGGCUAGAAAAAUUUGCUCAACAGAUGGCAUCGAGGAGGAGCUCAGAAAAAUCCAGGACUUCCUUCGCGAAAACGGAUAUCCUGAAAGGUUUAUUGAAAAGAAUAUUGCUGAACGACCGAUCAAACCCGCCACACCGACCGCCGAAAAGAAGACUUUGUUCCUCAAGGUCCCUUUCCAAGGGGACGCCGCGAGUGAACUCCUAAGGAGACGCCUUGAUCAAGCUGUCUCGCGAACCUUCCCAGCAGCAAGGGUUCAAAUAGCAUUCUCCACUAACCCGAUUUUACGUGGAGAAGGGAAGGAUAAGUUGCCACCGCAGACCACCUCAAUGUGCAUAUAUUCCUUCACUUGCUCCUGUGGAGCAGGUUAUAUUGGUCGCACGAGUAGGCGCUUAUCCAAGAGAAUACGCGAACACCUUCCCGCAUGGCUGGCAAAAGGUGAAACUAGGAGAAUAGACAGCGCCAUUCUCGCGCAUGUUGUCGAUUCCGGACAUCGCGUGGACCCCAACGAAGCUUUUCGUGUAAUUUAUAAGGUCCCAUCGAGCUACCCUAAGCUACUAGGCCAGCGCCUGUUAGCGACAGCGGAAGCAGCCGCCAUUAGUCUACGAAAGCCAAUCUUAUGCGCGCAGAAGAACCACGUUCAGGCUCCGCGCCUACAGUGGUCGAAGGUCGACUAA